UUCCGGGUCACACAACCUGCCGGGUCAAAGGUUCCGGGGUCACACCUGAGUCCAGCUGGAGCUCAUGUAGCAUGAGUUAGCUUGGAGCUAACGUGUGAGUGGAGGUUAGCAGGAGGACACAGGCCGGGGGAUGACGAGUGGAGACGGUUGUUUAAAAGGAGUGAGUCCAGUGUGGCAGUUUGGCACGAAAGCCCAAGUGGCUGUGGCGGUGGCAAUAAUAAAGAGCAAGCCUGCGGGUAUGAGCGGCCGCGAGCACGCCAAGGCGCUGGGCUGCAGGCUGAGGAGCCAGGACGAAAGCUGGAGGGGGAAAGCCCAGGAGCUGCAGCAGGAGGUGCUGAGGCUGCGACAGGAGCUGCUGAUCACCAAGGUGACGGCAGUAACACGGAACGCCACGGAGACGGCAGGUCCUGAUGCUGCAGAGGAAGACACUUCACAGGAUCUGUUUGGUCCUUCACAGCCGCAGCCUGACUGUGACUCAGAGACUCCUGAACUCUUUCAGGAAGACCUCCAGCCCGCCGCUCCCCCCCCCGAGCCGCCAACUGCCUCCAGUCACCAUGAAAGAGCCAUGCACCCCCACGUGCACUUCCUCCAGUCGCUGUGCGCCCUGCACCGAGUAGCAGGAGACCAAAGAGGCCUGGAGGCUCUGUGGUUCAGCCCUGAUGGAGGUGCAGGAACAGUGUUGGCGGACUCUGUGUGCCAGCUCCUGCACUUGGUGGUGGUGGCGUGCGGGGAUCCCCCUGCGCUGGGUCCGUGCGACCUGGUCCUGCGGGCCUGCCAGGUGGCGGCCCGGGCCAUGGACCUCUUCUGCUCCCAGCGGCUGCCGUCUGCAGAGUUCAUGAGACGUGUGGAAGGUUCGCUGAGGGAGAUGAUGGCGAUGCUGCUGCACAAUCAGCCCUGCAGGCUCCAGACGGCAGAGAAGCUGAUGGAGUAUCUGGUCACACUGGGGAGCAGCAACAUGUCAAAGUCCUUCGUCAUUCGUCACAUCCUCUCUCAGAUCAGCGCUGUGGCCGAUGAGCUCUGGCACAUCCUCCAGGGGGGGGAGAGCUCCAGGCUGGACCAGUUUCCUGUGGACCGGUACCACAACUCCUGCCACCUGUUCUGGAUCCUGGAGCAGCUCCUGCAGAACUCAGAGGUACCGUGCAGGGUCGAGACGGGGUCGGAGCAGACGGGCUUCCUCCGUCACCUGGAGCAGCAUCUCUUUCUGUUGUCUGAUGAGUUUCCCUUAUUUUCCAUCUACAUGUGGAGGAUAGGAAGUCUCCUCACUUCCUCAGGCAGAUAAGACCCUCCGACCCCCUCUCUGGUUUCCACUCAUAUAUGAACAAAGUGGUUUGAAACGAGACUAACCCUCGAAUCGGAACCCUGCAAUGUGGGGGGGGGGUGGACUAGGAAGGAAUAUUGACAAGGAAACGUAACCUUCAAAUCUUUUCAAAGGAUAAAUGUGAUUAUAUAAAUCCCAUAAAAAUACCUUAUCCUCCUAGUGGCUGUUUUAUCAGUGCCUGAAAUUUCUUAUUUCGCCAAAUGUGAAUGAAUCCACCACUGAAGAAAGAGAUUCACAGAACAGGAAGUAAAGUGUUUGAGGGAUUAACUGACACCUCGUUGGUUUUGGUCUUUGUUGACGAUGGAAAAAGGUAAAAGGAACAUUUCCAAUCUGUUGCUUCAGAAAAUACAGGUCUAAGAUUAUUUUGUUCAAUAACAGCUGUUCACCAACAUGUUUAAAUUGUUCAGACCAAGACCUUUGAGGCUGGGACUGAGAAUCUGAGGGGAUUCCAUCACAGUGAGUCGUCUCCACACGUCGUGCUCAUGUGUAACGUUCUUCAGAUUUGCUGUAUUUAAGUUUCACAAAGCUCAUAUAAACUUUGAAGUAGCAGAAGUUGGUCAUUAACAACAUAUUCAAGACGUAUUUCAGGAGAAAUGUGUCAUCGUGUACAAAACAAUAAACUCUGACAUGUCA